UGGACAUCCGUGAGAUCAAGGAGAUCCGUCCUGGCCGGAACUCCCGGGACUUUGAGAGGUACCAGGAGGACCCUUGCUUCAGACCAGACCCCUCCCACUGCUUCGUCCUCCUCUACGGCACAGAGUUCCGCCUGAAGACCCUCAGCCUGCAAGCCACUUCUGAGGACGAGGUCAAUAUGUGGAUCAAGGGGCUGAACUGGCUGGUGGCAGACACUCUAAGGGCUGCCACCCCCCUGCAGAUUGAAAGGUGGCUCCGCAAGCAGUUCUACUCGCUGGACCGCAACCGGGAGGACAGGAUCUCUGCCAAGGAUCUGAAGAACAUGUUGUCCCAGGUCAACUACCGGGUGCCCAACAUGAGGUUCCUGCGGGAGAGACUCACGGACGUGGAGCAGAGGAAUGGGGACAUCACCUACGGGCAGUUCGCUCAGCUCUACCGCAGCCUCAUGUUCAGCGCCCAGAAAAUGAUGGAUGUCCCCUUCCUAGACAGGGGUGGAGAAAGGUCUGAGCACUUCAGAGUGUCGCUGCUGGAGCUGCAGAAGUUCUUGCUGGAGUACCAGAGGGAGCUCUGGGCUGCAGAUAUCCUUCAGGUCCAGGAGUUCAUGUUCAACUUUCUGAGAGACCCUCUGAGGGAGAUCGAUGAGCCUUAUUUCUCCCUGGAUGAGUUUCUCACCUUCCUCUUCUCCAAAGAGAACAGCAUCUGGAACUCCCAGCUGGACAUGGUGUGUCCUGAGAACAUGAACAACCCCCUCUCCCAUUACUGGAUCUCCUCCUCACACAACACGUACCUGACAGGGGACCAGUUCUCGAGCGAGUCCUCGCUGGAGGCGUACGCCCGCUGCCUGCGCAUGGGCUGCCGCUGCAUCGAGCUGGAUUGCUGGGAUGGUCCUGAUGGGAUGCCAGUCAUCUACCACGGACACACCUUAACCACCAAGAUCAAGUUCUCCGACGUCUUGGUGACGAUCAAGGAGCACGCCUUUGUCACCUCUGAUUUCCCUGUCAUUCUGUCCAUUGAGGACCACUGCAGCAUUGCUCAGCAGAGGAACAUGGCUCAGAAUUUCAAGAAGGUCUUUGGGGACAUGCUUUUGACCAAACCAGUGGAUAUUUCUGCUGACGGCCUUCCCUCUCCAAACCAGCUCAAGAGAAAGAUUCUCAUCAAGCACAAGAAGCUGGCCGAGGGCAGUGCUUACGAGGAGCUACCCACGUCUGUCAUGUAUGCAGAGAAUGACAUCAGCAACUCCAUCAAGAAUGGGAUCCUCUACCUGGAAGACCCCAUCAAUCACGAAUGGAACCCGCAUUACUUUGUCCUGACCAGCAGCAAGAUCUAUUACUCUGGCGAGACAACCAGUGACCAAGGAAACGAGGAUGAGGAGGAGCAAAAGGAGGUGAGGGCUCCCUUGAGCGAGCUGUCCUCCAAGGGGCCGAGCCUCUCCGCGGCCAGCCGAUGGUUCCGCGGGAAGCGGGGGGCGGGCCGGGACGGGCGGCACAUCGCCGAGCGGCUGCUCACCGAGUACUGCAUGGAGACCGGCGCCCCCGACGGCUCCUUCCUCGUCCGGGAGAGCGAGACCUUCGUUGGAGACUACACCCUGUCCUUCUGGUGA